UGUUGCGGUGAGCGGUGGAGGUCCCAAAGGAGGACUGGAUGCUCUGAGAUGCGCUGGCCGCUCGAAGCGCAAACGGCUUCUCCAGCGAAGCUCGCUCCCCAGCUCCCCUCAGUAGCGAGGGGAGGAGUGUGUGUGUGUGUGUGUGUGUGUGUGUGUGUGGGAGCGUAAGCGCGAAGUCAUUGAGCGUCUCCAAAAGGAGCGGCGCAGUUGACUCAGUUGAGCCUGCGCUGGUCCUCACACACUCGCUCCUCUCACAUGCAAACACACACACGCUCACACACUCUCAGGCAUCCAGACACACAGCUGCUGCUGUGGAGCGCGGAGGAGUUACAGAGAGACGGAGGGAGAGAGAGAGAGAGAAGGGACAGGCAGCACUAGCUGAGAGAGAGAGAGAGAGAGAGAGAGAAGAAGAAGAAAGAGGAAGAGAGAGAAGCUGCUGUCACACUUUCACACCUAAUGUCUACGUUGGGAUAGAGAGAUUUGAUGUCCGAGGAGGCAGGGUUGGAUGUGAGAGGCAGCAGCGAGGAGAGAAGCAGCCAGGCGCCCAGAGACCCGGAAAGCGAGAGGGCACCAGAGUCCACCCUGAGCGGCACCGCCAACACCCCGACUACCACCUCUACCAGCAGCAUCACCUCCAACCAGCACCACAACAACAGCGCUAGCCCCACAGCCGUCUCCAGCAGUAGCAGUAGCGGUGGCUCCAGUGGUGCCGUAGGUGUUAGCACAGUUAGCCGCAGCGCUAAGGGAGCAGAGGGGAGGUCCUCCAUGCAGUUCAGCACCAGACCUCCCAGUGCUGAGCCUGGCUUCAUGGGGACAUGGCAGCAACAGAGCACUGACCAGAGCAACCUCCUCUUCAGAAUGUCCCAGCAGGCCAUUCGCUGCACUCUGGUGAACUGCACCUGUGAGUGUUUCCAGCCAGGAAAGAUCCACCUGCGUACAUGUGACCAGUGCAAGCACGGCUGGGUGGCUCACGCGCUGGACAAGCUGAGCACGCAGCACCUGUACCACCCCACCCAGGUGGAGAUAGUUCAGUCCAACGUGGUGUUUGACAUCAGCAGCCUGAUGCUGUACGGGACCCAGGCGGUGCCGGUCCGACUGAAGAUCCUGCUGGACCGUCUGUUCAGUGUUCUGAAGCAGGAGGAGGUGCUCCACAUACUGCACGGCCUGGGCUGGACCCUGAGGGACUAUGUCAGGGGCUACAUACUGCAGGAUGCUGCGGGCAAGGUGCUGGACCGCUGGUCCAUUAUGUCUCGGGAAGAGGAGAUCAUCACCCUGCAGCAGUUCCUUCGUUUCGGAGAGACCAAGUCCAUCGUGGAGCUGAUGGCCAUCCAGGAGAAGGAAGGUCAGGCGGUCACCGUGCCCUCCUCCAAGACCGACUCAGGUAUCCGGACGUUCAUCGAGAGCAACAGCACGGGACGCGGCCGAAGCCCAGGCCUCCUCAACCACAUGGAGACCAGCAGCCCGUCCAGCAUCCACCACUUUGAGAACAUUCCUAACAGUCUGGCCUUCCUGCUGCCGUUCCAGUACAUCAACCCUGUGUCGGCCCCCAUGCUGGGCCUGCCCCCCAAUGGCCUGGCGCUGGAGCAGUCGGGCCUCCGGGGCCUCCACGACCGGGACCGCGAUGCCAGCCUACCCAACCAGGGCGAGCCGGGGGAGAGCAGCGAGUCUGAGGUAUCCCUCAGCCCUUUCCGCAGCAGCGGUCAGAGCCCCAGCCGCAUUGGAGCUCUGGGGGGCAUGAACAACGCCAUGGAGCCCAAACAGGAGCCCAUCAACCGGGCAUCACCCAUCUCUCCCACUCCUUCCAGCCAGCCGUCCCAGCAGCAGACGGAACAACAGCAGCAAGGCCAGCAGCAGCAAGGCCAGGGGCAACCCGGGACCCCACGGCCUAGGUCCAAUUCCCUUAAUGACCACCAGGCCCACCACCACUUUGUGAAGAGCGAGCAGUCCAAGAGCAUCACCCACUCCUCCUUCUCCUCCAAGAUGCACCGCAUGCGCCGCAUGGGAGCCACCUCACGCAAGGGCCGCGUGUGCUGCAACUCGUGCGGCAAGACCUUCUACGACAAAGGUACGCUGAAGAUCCACUACAACGCCGUGCACCUCAAGAUCAAGCACCGCUGCACUAUCGAGGGCUGCAACAUGGUGUUCAGCUCGCUGCGCAGCCGCAACCGCCACAGCGCCAACCCCAACCCACGCCUGCACAUGCCCAUGCUGAGGAACAACCGCGACAAGGACCUCAUCCGUGGGUCGGGCCCCGGCACACCCGUCAUCUCCAGUGCCAAGAGCGGCUUCACCCUGAGCAGCCCCAGACAGCCGCCUCUGGGCUUCGCCACCCCGCCCCUGGACCCCAUGCUCCAGUCACCCCUGCAGAUCCCACUGGUCUUCCCCUCCCUGAAGUCGGUGCAGCCCAUCCAGCCGGUGCCCCCUUUCUACCGCACACUGCUGUCCCCACAGCACCUGGUCAGUCCUCCAGUGUCACUGCCCACCAGCCCCAUCCUGCCCUCCACCACCAAUAGCAGCUCUCUGAUGGACCAGCAGCAUCAGCUCCUGGCUGCCCCUGCGGCCGCAGCCUCCCAUAACGCCCACAAUAUGUCCUCUGAAGGUGGGCUAAUGUCCCACCACAGGCUGCCCACCCCCAGUAUCCCCCAGCAGGAUCCAGCUGCUGCCACCAACACGGACCCCACCCCCAAGAAGAAGCCCCGUAAGUCCAGCAUGCCGGUGAAGAUCGAGAAGGAGGUGAUUGACGUGGCAGACGAGUAUGAUGAGGACAAAGACGAUGAUGAUGACGACAGCUGUCACCACCACCACCAUCACCACCACCACCACCCCUCCUCCCACCUCCACCACAACAUCAAUGGAAACCGCAACAACAACAACAGCAACGGAGGGAACAACAACAACAGCCACCACAGCGGCGGCAGCGGGCACCAGUCCCCCUCCCAGGAUGAGAUGAGCCCAGGCCUGAUGAGGGGACACCUGAUGAGGCACGACCAGGAUGACUGCCGGGGAGAGGGACCCGGAGGAGAGGGCGGCAGGGGCGAGAGAGGAGGCCCAGGCGGUGAGCUCCGCUGCAUGGACAGCUUCACCUCCGAGGACCAGGACCACGAGAGAGACUUUGAGAACGAUUCGGAGACUUCGGAUUCCAAGAUGUUCUACCGCGAGGAGAUGAUGGAGGUGGAGGAACAGCACCAGAGGCUGAGGCUCAACUCCUCCAUGAGCUCCAGAGUGGGAGGAGGCAACAACCUGGACAAGGACCAGGAGGACCAGGAGGCCAGAGAUAAGGAGGCGCAGCUGAGGAAGGAGAUGGAAGACCCCAAGAGCCGCUCCUCACCCUCGCCCCACCAGCCCACCAUCAAGAUUAAGGAGGAGCUCAACGACCCCACCUAUGACAUGUUCUGCAUGAGCCAGUACGGCCUCUACAAUGGGGGCAUGGCGGCCGCCGCAGCCGCCGCCGCCAGCAUGGCCGCCCUGCACGAGAGCUUCAUCUCCUCCAUGAGCUACGGCGCCAGCCCGCCCAAGUUCCCCUCCUCGCACUCCCCCGAGGGAGAACUGUGCACCAGCCCCAACUCCAACGACCCCAAGAUCUGCUACGUGUGCAAGAAGAGCUUCAAGAGCUCCUACAGCGUCAAACUGCACUACAAGAACGUGCACCUCAAAGAGAUGCACGUGUGCACCGUGUCCGGCUGCAACGCCGCCUUCCCCUCCCGACGGAGCAGAGACAGGCACAGCUCCAACAUCAACCUGCAUCGCAAACUGCUUACCAAAGAGCUGGACGACAUUGUCCUGGACCCCCAACUCACACCGCUUCCCAAGGACCUGCGCGCUGAGUUCCUGGCUAAGAUCUAUGCUGGGCACCACUUGGGCCUGGACGUGAACCGUGAUGCCAGCCUCCCGGCAGGCACCGAUUACCCCCACCACCACCCCCUAAACCGUCACCACCACCACCACCCCCUCCACCACACCAACGGCUUCUACCACCGCGGUGGCCCCCCAGACGACUACAUGGUGCUGGACCUGAGCACCGCGUCCAGCGUUCAGUCCAGCGGGUCAGUCCAUUCAUCACGCCAGUCGGACGAGGGCAGCGACGAGGGCAUCCUAUUAGACGACCUGGAGGAGGAGGGGGAGGAGGGAGGGGUUAGCGACGGGGAGGACUGCUCCCAGCAUGCCCCGGGGCAGCAGGGGCCGGGGGGGCGGCGGGACCAGGUCGGCGAGGAAGGAGUCGGAGGAAGAUCGGAAGAAGGUCUGACCGGCGCCGACCCCUCCUCGCCGACCGUUCUGUCUUCCACCGGUGGCAGUGGUGGGAUCCUGUGCAGCAUCUGCCACAAAGUGUACAGCAACAAAGGGACCCUGCGCGUGCACUACAAGACUGUGCACCUGCGCGAGAUGCACAAGUGUAAAGUGGCCGGCUGCAACAUGAUGUUCUCCUCGGUGCGUAGCCGCAACCGCCACUCUCAGAACCCCAACCUCCACAAAAACAACGUGCCCUUCACCACCAUGGUAGACUAGCCCAACCCCCUGGCCCCCCUGUCUGGCCAACUCUACCCCCUUCCUCGACUCCCUCCUCACCCCAAACCAUGAGCUCUUACCCCCAGGAACUACACCUUAUCACCCUUAGACAUCAUGCACCACAGUUCUAUUUCCCUUCGAUGAGAUCCAGUGACUAUAUACAGUAAGCGUUGUGACUUUUGACCUUUCCUUCUUUGGAAGAACAAGGAUGAGACACUUGAAGUGUCUUUAUUCCAAAAACUGGCCCUGCCGGUUUCCCAUAAACCCCAUUUCCUAUUUCCCAUAUGUCUUUGUUUUUGUCCAUCUCCAAAGAAUCUAUUCAAACUCUUAUUUGUGACUGUUGCCUGCAGAAAUGAUAAUAACAAUGAAAAAAAUAUAAAUCUUCUUGUUGUAUUUGUGUAAUGAUAGCUUUUAAAGGAAACCCCAUACAAGAGCAUGACUGCUUCAUUUGUAAAUAAUAUGUCCCAAGAGGCUAUUGGUGUAAAACAAUUGUAUUUGAUGGUUGUUAGCUAUUUUUUUGUUUUUAUGUUACAGUACAAUACUCCCUGCCCUAAGGUAGGCAAGAAAGAGGUAGCAUCUUUACUAGCUUGACUCAUUUAUGUCCGUUUUUAAACCCAUUUUUAAACUGAGAAGAACUAACGAUCAUGUGACUGGUUGUAUCUACUUGUUAGAUAUGCGGAGGUUGCCGGCAUGCUUUUUUUUGGCUCCUACGCCAAUAUCAUUCUCUGUUCUUUUGUUAUCAUUUAUAGCUUUUACUAUACCAAUUCAGUUUUUCGCACUUUGCAACUAUACAAGCGGGAUGUGUAAUAUUAUUACAAGGAGGACUUUGCAAAUGGUUGGUUUCCGCGAUGUUCGGGGUCUGAUAGACGGCCACAGUGCCAAGGGGAAAUGACUUAGCAUACUUGUGGCUGUUCUUUUAAUUUUUUUUGGCACGUGUUCAGUUUCAAAAAACGCUAUUUCACAACAAAAGACCCAUAUUUGUCCUGAAUGAAACCCAACAUCUGCCCCAUUUACUCAAAUAAUCCUAUUCAGAAAAAGUCUAAGUAUUUCUACUCUACCAGAUACAGGAACGUGACUGACUACAAUACAGCUGCUGUUUUUGACGGCAGAAGAUUUAAGUAUUGAGGAAUUUGUUUGUGUUAUUUUCAUUUCAAGGAGUGUAAACCCAGUGUGUGACUGUAAUAUCAUAGUACUUAGCUACAGAGGUUGAAGUAGGCUAUUCUUUCUACUGCAUGUGGUAUUUGUGACCUAAAACAAGCGUUGGUUGAGUGUCCUAUUAUUUUAUACACAUUUCCAUGCAAAAAAAUUGCCAUCCUAUCAGAAGUAUUGUGAAUGUCACAUUGAUUAUAAAACAAAGAAAUAGCCCUUAAACUGUGACCAAAACAAAAAGAAGCAUUGGUUUUUAAAACGAACUAUAUUUUUCCGCCAUACAGUUGUACUUUAACUUACACCCCAUAAAUUGAUAUGAUGCACUUGAGUCUUAAGCCUUUUGCUAUAUUUUUUUCGGUAUUGAUUUCCAUUGCUGAUUGUCAGCUUCAAAGGUGAACUCUGUGAAACUCUGUGGCCAUUGCCUGGCUGUUUUCGAAGUUAUUUGCAGCCAUUUUCCUUGUUUCCAUACACAUCUUAAGGUACAAAUAUUUCAGAUAACUAGGCAAAGUAGCCAGGGGAAGGAAGGGGUAUUUAUUGGCGAGUGAUGUUAUCUUGAUGCAGAUGUCUUGUCCAAUAUGAAUUCCUUGUUUUUGUCCCAGAAAAGAAAAAAAGAAAGACAGAUCGGUCUUCAUUUUGAGUCUGUGCCCUUCAGUUGAUGGUUAUUAUUGUGUUUUUGUCGUGUUACUAUGGAUGUGAAACAAUUGAGAGCUCAUCUUUCUUGAUUGGUGCUUAAGGGGAUAAAAACGCACAGUGUUACGUGGUAUACAGUAUUCAAACCCCCGUUAUAUCCAUGAAAGUGUUGGACCAUUUUUUUUUUUUUUAUGACUUCAACUAUUUUGCAAUGGGCAUGAGCGACCCUUUGAUGGACACGUUGGCGUAAACUCUUAAGACUUAGCUUCUCCUCUCUCCUCACUCAACCAACCUCCACAGCACUGGCAGCAGUCUUCACCCCUCUCCUCUCUCUGAAGAGAGAGAGAAAGAGCUGAUCUGAGUGAAAGGGGAUGCGGAGGUGGAGGGCUGACUUGAGAGGAAGAAGGGAUGACAGUGAGUAUCAUUAAAAAUGUGCUGUUCCACCGUUACCUGGAGGCCUUCUGACGCUGAUCUGUCUAAUAUCUCACUUGUCACUUCAUUACACCGCCAGACGUGAAUGUUGCUGACAGGACUGUGACGCCGAAAGAGAUCCAAACCGGUCUCCCGGUCUCUCUCUGUCUCUUUCACCUCUCUCUCUCUCUCUCUCUCUCCCCAUCCCUGAGAGAAACUACCCCGCCCCCCCUCCUCUUCCCCCUCAACCCACCACUCACCCCCCUCCACUCGCCCCCUUCUCGGGUCCUAUAGGGACACAGACUAAUAGUGUACCCUUAAGUUGACUGGACGCCCAUCGCCGUAGAAAAAGGAUGUGUAAUUGCCUGUUUAUCCCAGGUGAAGGAAAAGGUUUGUACAGGAACCUUCGGCUACUUCCUGGAGUGGCACUGAGGCGCAGCCUGCCUCAUUUGCUCAGCGCACCGUACUGCACCUUACCGCCACGGGCCCAGCCGGAGAAGUACAGAAGUGUCACUCCAGGAACCCUGCUGACAGCUGUCUCUCUCUCUCACACACACACACACACACACACAUACACACACACACCCUGCUAACAGGCCAGUGGGAUGACAGCAACGAGAGGACUUGUUAACCUCUGGUGAUGGGCGGGAAACACGGACACCCCGAGGCAGAGAGAGGGGGGAGAGAGAGAGAGGGAAUAGAGAGAGCGAGCUCAUCCACGGUCCAUCACUAUGUAAUAUGCAGUCGGUCCAGUGUUAGCAUUCCAGCCUUGUCACUGCAGGGUACGCUAGCGUUUCAUUAGGGAGAACAGUGGAAUGUAGCAUUGAGUUGGACCGCAAGGACUGCCAUGGAAUGCACUGAGAGCAGUUGAGAAAGAAGGUAGAAAGGGAUACCUAGACAAUUGUCCAACUGAAUGCAUUCAACUGAAAUGUGUCUUCUGCAUUUAACCCAACACCUCAAUCAGAGAGGAGCGGAAGCCAGGGAGCUCAAUCAGUGACCUGUGUAUGUUAGUGUGUGUGUUAGUGUGCCAGAGAGAGAUUAAAUUCCCUUACACUGACUCCUCAUCUCUAGCCCCUCUGUCUCUCACUCGAUGGCCAUGCCAGCACGCCACGGCUCCUAGAGAGAGCUCGCAAAUGAGCUGAGAAAACUGCCCUGACAUGCAAAAGACCGUCCAGAACAGAAUGUCCAGACUAGAGGAUAGGGAGAGAGAAAGGAGAGCAGAGGGACCGGUCUGAGAACGAAAGCGGUCUGGCCGGGACCUGCGGCAGUCACUUAACCAGGCAGGAGAGAUCGAGAGAAGCAGAGAGAGCGAGAAAGCCGUGCCAGCCUUCUUGACUGUCUGGCUGGAAAGCGAUGGAGCCCCUUGACCUUUCCACUCUUCUCCCUUUCCUCCUUCACAGGAGACAUUACAGUACAUUUUCUCCUCUCUCCUUCGAGAGGGCCUGAUCCCUCAAUCUCCCUCCCUCCCUCCCUCUUUCUAACUCUUUCUAUCCAUCUUUAACCCACUAGGGUCCAGGACAGAGCCCAGUGGUCAGGCCGAUGGGACCAUUACUGUCCUGGCUCGGUCCCCAGGAGGAGAAGGCCUCUUAAAACCCUCACUGGCCAGCCUGAGUGGAGUGAGCCUUUAAUAUUUCAUUAGGGGACUCGACUGCCAAAUGUCAGUUUCCCCACAACACACCAUCACUGAAAGAGAAAGAAAGAGAAAGAAAGAGAAAGAAAGCGCGAAAGAAAGCGAGAGAGAGCGAACGAGAGAGAGAGCGAGAGCAAACGAGAGAGAGAGAGCGAGAGCGAACGAGAGCGAGAGCGAACGAGAGAGAGAGAGCGAGAGCGAACGAGAGAGAGAGAGAGCGAACGAGAGCGAGAGCGAACGAGAGCAAGAGCGAGAGAGCGAUGGAGAGGGAAGGAGAGAGAUGACAAUGGAGCAGGUGGGGUUGUCUAGUGAUCCGUUAUGGAUCGUAUACCCGUGUCCACUUUGUUUAAGUCUGUGGAGAGCAGGGUAGGACAUUAACCCAGUGUAAGUGGAGGGGGAUGUUUGUUUAAGUCUGUGGACAGCAGGGUAGGACGUUAACCCAGUGUAAGUGGAGGGGGAUGUUUGUUUAAGUCUGUGGAUAGCAGGGUAGGACGUUAACCCAGUGUAAGUGGAGGGGGAUGUUUGUUUAAGUCUGUGGAGAGCAGGGUAGGACAUUAACCCAGUGUAAGUGGAGGGGGAUGUUUGUUUAAGUCUGUGGAGAGCAGGGUAGGACAUUAACCCAGUGUAAGUGGAGAGGGAUGUUUGUUUAAGUCUGUGGAGAGCAGGGUAGGACAUUAACCCAGUGUAAGUGGAGGGGGAUGUUUGUUUAAGUCUGUGGAGAGCAGGGUAGGACAUUAACCCAGUGUAAGUGGAGGGGGAUGUUUGUUUAAGUCUGUGGAGAGCAGGGUAGGACGUUAACCCAGUGUAAGUGGAGGGGGAUGUUUGUUUAAGUCUGUGGAGAGCAGGGUAGGACAUUAACCCAGUGUAAGUGGAGGGGGAUGUUUGUUUAAGUCUGUGGACAGCAGGGUAGGACUUUAACCCAGUGUAAGUGGAGGGGGAUGUUUGCGAGCUGUCUGGUUAACGUCAUCCAUCUUGAACAAUACAUGUGGCGAGGCUCAAAAGACGCAUCGGAAGAUUGGUGGUUUUACAGAUGAUACGCUGUGGUCCAACAUUACCCUCGGAACUUGGUAACAGCAGUUCUACAGUAAAUGAUCCUGGAACAAAUAAAAAACAUGCAGAAAUGCAUAAAAUGUGCUUUUUACCCAUAUAUUGUAUUUGACAAAAGAACAGCUCACAAUCCUUAACAUUAUAUAUAGCAAGUCACCCCAAACUAUUUACCAACAUGCCAAUCUUACUUUUUAUAUAUAAAUAAGCUCAAAAGACUUGUACAUUUUCUUUUCCACAGUGAUGUUUUUGUGUAGCUGUCUGGUUCUCUUUGUGCUAAACGGCUGUGUUACCGCCCUGCAACCAGAGGCCUGCAUCUCAAUCAACUCUUAUUUUCACUGCCUGGCAUAGCAGCAUUGCUACAGAGUCACACCGCAAACGGCAGCAUCUACAACAGGGGAAGCUUGCAUCACUCUUGAUUUCAUAAUGGUGACAUUGGCAGCUUCAUGAAUACUGUAUGUCUCCUAAACAGGUUUUUCCCAUUAGCAGACUGGAGGAGAAAAAAAAGGUCCUCUUUCUUUCUUAAUUGAUUUUGUUUUGUUGCUUUCCUUGUAUUCUUCUGUAUCAUAACGGUCUAUGGUUUUUGCAUAAAAUGCAUAUGGGUUUUGGGAUGUAAAUGGAAUUUUAUUCAUAUUUUGUCCAAAUACCUCUUGUAAUUUGUAUCAGAAUUCUUGUACAAUUUUUAUAUUAAAGAUUUAUCAGUCACUGGCAA